AUGGCCUCCCGACACAGUUUGUGUACCCUGUGGAAAUUAGACAUAGCGCCUCGCGGAUUUUCUCCCAGGAAUCAGCUUUGGUAUUCGCAACUGCUUUCGCUGCUGCCUUGCGUGCCUCGGCAAAUCGCACGCGACUGGCAGCUGUACAUCUUGUAUCCACCAGGAACAUUUUUCGGACAUCCAGGAGGCAGGCCAACCCGUUUAAAUCCGCAGCAUUCGGCAGCAGCCGCGAGUUUGAUGUUACCAGUAAAACUGGUCCAUCUGCGUCACUGGGGCUUCGUGUACUCUGUUCUGGGGCUGCCGACGAUCUACUGCGUUGCUUUCUCGAACACACAGGUCUGUCAGAAGGACGAGCCCAUAAUGCCCAUUCGCUUUCAGUGCGGCAACAUGGUGGAAACAGCGGAAGGAAUCAUGGAGAAAGUUUAUGGACCUUACACCGGCGACGGAUGGAGCCCUAAGCCUUUUGCCGAAAAUAAGUCAAGAUACUUAUGGACCGAUGCAUACGGAGUGGCCAAUUAUCUUACGCUGUACUGUGAGACAAAAAACGAUACUUUUUUGGCUCGAGCCCGAAAGCUGAUCGAGACGGUGCACGAUAGCUUGGGGAAAACGCGAGACAGCAGCAAGCGGUUGGGAUCAGCGACGGAUGACCGUCCCCUUCUCGGUGGUUUACGCAUUGGAAAGCCAAAAGACGAAGGCCCUGGCAUGGAUGAGGACGGUCAGUACUACCAUUACUUGACAAAGUGGAUGUUUGCUCUCAACAGAGCGAGUAUCGUCAUGAAGGAACCGAAAUUUAACGCAUGGGCCAUUGAUCUGGCUAAAACUGUGCACCCAAAGUUCGUCAGAGAAACGAAUCACGGUCUGCGAAUGUUCUGGAAGCUAAACAUCAAUUUGACUACUCCUCUGGUGCACAGCCAGGGCGGCCUUGAUCCGUACGAUGGUUACACCAUGUACCGUAUACUUGCUGAUACAGCGAACGAUAAAGACAUUUUGAAAAAUGAAAUCGACCAGAUGAAGCAAAUGGUGAAUCAUAGUAUAUACAGCACCAGCGACUGCUUGGACGCUGGUGAAGCACUUUGGCUGGCUUCUUGGUAUCCGGAUGAAUCCUGGAGCAAACAGUUGUAUGUCCAAGCAUUGAGGACGGUCAACAGCCUGUGGGACAGCGGCGAGUUCAGCAGCAAGGUCAGAUAUCGAUUGGCAUUUCGUGAGUUUGGAACGACCAUCGGGGUCCAGAUGCAUACAGAUGCCCAGUGGUGGAACACCUGGAAGCAGCGGGUUGCCGAAAUACAUGCUUGCUGGGCAGAUCAUAUUUACAGCCGAGAUAGCGAUAUCACGCCGGUAAUGUAUUGCACUUCCUUGGUUCCAGGCGUUUUCAACAAACACUACAAGAAGCUUCAACAGUGA